AGGUUUCAUUCUAAACCUCCAAAAAAACCUCUGUUUAACAUGACUCUUAACAAUUUUUGGUGAAAAUAUCACUCACAGGCGACACCCUCUCUCUCUCCAUGGCAACCGAUCAACAACAAUUCACACGAGACAGCCAUAUGCAACACUUCACAGAUGACGACCACGACGAAUCCGAAGAAGGAGGAGGACAAAUGGAAGCAGAAGAAUUAGAUAUCGAAGAAGAAGAAAUUCCCCGGGGUUGCAAGAGCAUGUCUUAUUACAUGUGCAGCGGUGGCAGGGGACAACGCAAGGGGUGGUCGCUCGGGCAGGUUUUGGACCCGAGAGCUAAAUGGGUUCAAGAAUGGAACAGGGUUUUCCUCCUUGUUUGCGCCACCGGCCUCUUUGUGGACCCCCUCUUCUUCUACGCCCUCUCCAUAAGCGACACUUGCAUGUGCCUCUUCGUCGACGGUUGGUUCGCCAUCACUGUCACCGCCCUCCGCUGCAUGACCGACGCCUUGCAACUGUGGAACAUGUGGCUGCAGCUCAAGAUGGCCAAGCGGUCGUAUACCUACGCUGCUGCCGUUGCAGCUGCAAAAGAUGAAGGCGGAGGAGGUUGUGGUGGUGGGUCCCACGCUUCUAGCACUGCCCCCAGUGUGGCAUUCCGAUGCUUCAAGGCCAGGAGGGAAUUCUUCUUUGAUCUCUUUGUCAUCCUCCCACUACCCCAGAUCGUUUUGUGGGUGAUAAUUCCAUCUCUGUUGGAGAAAAGAUCGGUAACCCUAGUGAUGACAGUCUUCCUCAUCAUGUUUCUCUUCCAAUACCUUCCCAAGAUCUACCACUCCGUCUGCCUCCUCCGUCGCAUGCAGAACCACUCCGGCUACGUUUUUGGGACUGUUUGGUGGGGCAUUUUCCUCAACCUCAUUGCAUACUUCGUCGCAUCUCAUGCGGCCGGAGCAUGUUGGUACUUGCUGGGGAUCCAAAGGUCUGAAAAAUGCCUGAGAGAACAAUGUAGAUUGAUAGAAGGUUGUGACUUGAGGAUCUUGGUCUGUAAGGAGCCUAUUUAUUAUGGAACAACAAAUAUGAUGAGGGAGAGAGGAAGGCUAGCCUGGGCAAAGAACCAGCAAGUGAGGAGUAUAUGCCUAGAUUCUCCUGAUCAUUAUGACUAUGGAGCAUAUAGGUGGACUGUUCAGCUUGUUACCAAUGACAGCCGCCUUGAGAAGAUCCUCUUCCCCAUCUUCUGGGGCCUAAUGACUCUCAGCACUUUUGGGAAUUUGGAGAGCACAACAGAAUGGUUGGAAGUAGUUUUCAAUAUCAUUGUUCUUACUAGUGGGCUGCUUUUAGUCACUAUGUUGAUUGGUAAUAUCAAGGUGUUUCUGCAUGCAACAACGUCAAAGAAACAGGCAAUGCAAUUGAAGAUGAGGAAUAUAGAGUGGUGGAUGAGAAAAAGGCAAUUGCCUCAAGGGUUCCGGCAGCGGGUGCGGAACUACGAACGGCAGAAGUGGGCGGCGAUGCGCGGCGUCGAUGAGUGUGAGAUGAUCAGGAACCUCCCUGAAGGGCUUAGGAGGGACAUCAAGUACCACCUCUGCUUGGAUUUAGUGAGACAGGUACCAUUAUUCCAACACAUGGAGGAUUUGGUCCUAGAGAACAUAUGUGACCGUGUGAAGUCCCUCAUAUUCAACAAGGGAGAAACAAUAACUAGAGAAGGUGACCCAGUACAAAGGAUGCUAUUUGUAGUGAGGGGACAUCUCCAGAGCAGCCAAGUUCUCCGAGAUGGUGUCAAGAGUUGCUGCAUGCUAGGCCCUGGAAAUUUCAGCGGUGAUGAGCUCCUUUCAUGGUGCCUGAGAAGACCCUUUAUUGAGAGGCUGCCGCCUUCUUCAUCCACCCUGGUUACUCUUGAAACUACAGAGGUAUUUAGCCUGGAAGCGGAGGAUGUUAAGUAUGUAACGCAACAUUUCCGGUACACAUUUGUCAAUGAAAGAGUGAAGAGAAGUGCAAGAUAUUAUUCACCUGGAUGGAGAACUUGGGCAGCUGUGGCUAUUCAGCUGGCCUGGAGGAGGUACAAGCACCGCCUGACGCUUACCUCACUGUCAUUUAUCAGGCCCCGGAGACCACUGUCCCGAAGCAAUUCACUUGGGGAGGACAGGCUCAGGCUGUAUACAGCAAUGUUAACUUCACCAAAGCCAAACCAGGAUGAUUUUGACUUUUGAGAUGACUCAAAAGCUGUAUGGACUGAGGGUCAUAUUCAUAUAAAUGCACUGUUCUUUCGUUGCUUGUACAUAAGUAAGGUUUCAAUUUUGCAUACAGCUUUGUUGUUUUCAUUCAGAGCAUGAAAAAUCAGAUA